UAAUUUCUAGCCCUUAGAUUUCUCAGGUAACAGUGCAGUGGGUCCUAGACUGUGGGAAGCGAAAACCGGAAGUGACGCUCUUACUUCGCGUCCGGGACAAGAAGCUUCGAAGAUGGCGGCGCGCAAGGGUCGGAAGCGCACAUGUGAAACUGGGGAACCCAUGGAGGCUGAAUCCUGCGACCCAGGAUCCGAAAGCCCACCCCAGGUCUACCUGCCUGGCAAGGGGCCGCCACUGGGAGAAGGGGAGGAGCUGGUAAUGGAUGAGGAGGCCUACGUGCUGUACCAUCGUGCGCAAACUGGCGCCCCUUGUCUCAGCUUUGACAUAGUCCGAGAUCAUCUGGGCGACAACCGAACAGAGCUCCCUCUCACUCUUUUCCUGUGUGCGGGAACCCAGGCUGAGAGCGCCCAGAGCAAUAGACUGAUGAUGCUUCGAAUGCACAAUCUUCAUGGGACGAGGCCGCCACCCUCAGAGGGCAGUGAUGAUGAAGAGGAGGAGGAUGAAGAGGAUGAAGAGGAUCGGAAACCUCAACUUGACCUGGCCAUGGUUCCCCACUAUGGUGGCAUCAACCGAGUUCGGGUGUCCUGGCUGGGGGAGGAACCUGUGGCUGGAGUAUGGUCAGAGAAGGGCCAGGUGGAGGUGUUUGCACUGAGGCGGCUCCUACAGGUGGUAGAUGACCCCCAGGCCCUGGCCGUUUUCCUCCGGGAUGAGCAGGCCCGCGUAAAGCCCAUCUUCUCCUUUGCUGGCCACAUGGGUGAGGGCUUUGCUCUUGACUGGUCCCCUCGAGUACCUGGCCGUUUGGUGACUGGUGACUGUCAGAAGAACAUCCACCUCUGGACGCCCACAGACGGUGGCUCCUGGCAUGUGGACCAGAGGCCAUUUGUGGGCCAUACACGCUCAGUGGAAGAUCUGCAGUGGUCACCAACUGAGGACACGGUGUUCGCCUCCUGCUCAGCUGAUGCCUCCAUUCGCAUCUGGGACAUCCGAGCAGCCCCAGGCAAGGCCUGCAUGCUCACCACAGCCACUGCCCAUGAUGGGGAUGUCAAUGUCAUCAACUGGAGCCACAGGGAACCCUUCUUGCUCAGCGGUGGGGAUGAUGGAGCCCUCAAAGUCUGGGACCUACGACAGUUCAAGUCUGGCUCCCCUGUGGCCACCUUCAAGCAGCACAUGGCCCCGGUGACCUCUGUCGAGUGGCACCCUCAGGACGGUGGGGUCUUUGCAGCCUCGGGUGCUGACAACCAGAUCACACAGUGGGACCUGGCAGUUGAACGGGACCCGGAGGCAGGGGAGGCAGAAGCAGACCCUGGGCUGGCAGCACUCCCGCAGCAGUUGCUGUUCGUGCACCAGGGUGAGACUGAUCUGAAGGAGCUACACUGGCAUCCUCAGUGCCCUGGGGUCCUGAUCAGCACCGCACUGUCAGGCUUCACUGUCUUCCGCACCAUCAGCGUCUAAGAUGGCCAACAUUUGGCCUUAGGCCUCAGCUCUUCGUGGGAACUGGAUCGAUAGGUCUGUAGACUGCACCCAGAAAGAAAGACAUGCUCAACUGGCCCAUGUGGAACAGAAGAAAUGGAGUCUACAGACCUGGUGUCUGCAUGUGGAUUGACCCUUGCCUGUCCCGGAUAUGGUCUCAGUAUGAGAUUUCUGUCGGUGUUGACUCCUGGCUUGACCCUUAGACCUCUGACCCAGUACCCAGUUCUGGCUGGUGAUCGACUCCAGGAACUUGAAGGAUUUUGCCAUGCUGGGCCGAGUCUGGGUCUGGGUUGCUCCAGUGGAAUUUAGUUCUCUCCUUGCCUUCUGGGCAGCUAGGUCCACCUGAGAUCCAAGAUUGGGACUGUGUUGGGUUCCCUCCCUGUGCUGACCACUGUUGUACUGGAGGGGGGUCUGGGGCUUCUGCUGCAGUAAAGGACCCCAAUCCUUUGA